AGGACACUGCUCGUUCUACCCUCAAUAAAUUGUUACCAGAUUGCGGUUCCUAUUCGGGCACGGCAGAGAGACUGGAUGUAAACAAUAUAGGGGUUUCCCUUUCGUCAGGUUCUUCCAGAAUCUUCUAUUUUGUAUCCUAAUUAAUUGAUGCAGUUGAACAGCGAUUAAAGCAGGUGAUAUCGAUCUGGUUGAAUGGACACGACAAGUGAGAGGCCGGCGGUGAAGAUGCCGGGAGCUGUGUCUCUUUCGGACCGUGAAAUCCCCCCGGGUCAUGGGCAGCAAGGGUGCUCUGGUACCGGGAAAAUAAUUGUAUCUGGCUCGGGUUCUAUGGUUCUACCGGGCGGGAUAAUCAACCCGCAGGUGCCCAUCCGGAAUAUCAAGAUGAAAUUCGCGGUUCUGAUCGGAUUGAUCCAGGUGGGGGAGGUUAGCAACAGGGAUAUCGUGGAGACUGUGCUCAACCUGCUGGUGGGGGCGAGUUUGACCUGGAGCAGAACUUCAUCAUAGCGGCAGCGGAGAGCCUGGGCUGUGUAGUAG